AUGGCAUUUCAUGCCCAAUCUGGUUUUCUUUCAGUGGAUGGCUGCAUUGACUGGUCAGUGGAUCUCAAGACAUACAUGGCUUUGGCAGGUGAACCAGUACGGGUGAAAUGCGCCCUUUUCUACAGUUAUAUUCGCACCAACUAUAGCAUGGCCCAGAGCACUGGGCUCAGGCUUAUGUGGUACAAAAACAAAGGUGAUUUGGAAGAGCCCAUCAUCUUCUCAGAAGUCAGGAUGAGCAAAGAAGAAGAUUCAAUAUGGUUUCACUCAGCUGAGGCACAAGACAGUGGAUUCUACACUUGUGUUUUAAGGAACCCUGUUGAUGUGAUGGAAUGCAAGCCAAAAAUGUGGAGAAGCAUAAUAAUACAGAAAGGAAAUGCUCUUCUAAUCCAAGAAGUUCAAGAAGAAGAUGAAGGAAAUUACACUUGUGAACUUAAGUAUGAAGGAAAACUUGUGAGACGAACAACUGAAUUGAAAGUUACAGCUUUACUCACAGACAAGCCUCCCAAGCCAUUGUUCCCCGUGGAGAAUCAGCCAAGUGUUAUAGAUGUCCAGCUGGGUAAGCCUCUGAACAUCCCUUGCAAAGCAUUUUUUGGAUUCAGUGGAGAGUCUGGACCAAUGAUCUACUGGAUGAAAGGGGAGAAGUUUAUUGAAGAACUGGCAGGUCACAUUAGAGAAGGUGAAAUAAGGCUCCUCAAAGAACAUCUUGGAGAAAAAGAAGUUGAGUUGGCACUCAUCUUUGAUUCAGUCGUGGAGGCUGACCUGGCAAAUUAUACCUGCCAUGUGGAAAACCGAAAUGGACGGAAACAUGCCAGUGUUCUGCUGCGUAAAAAGGAUUUAAUCUACAAAAUUGAACUUGCAGGAGGCCUGGGAGCAAUAUUCCUCCUCCUUAUACUGCUUGUGGUCAUCUACAAAUGCUACAAUAUUGAAUUAAUGCUCUUCUACCGACAGCAUUUUGGAGGUGAUGAAACUACCAAUGACAACAAGGAAUAUGAUGCCUAUCUGUCUUACACAAAAGUGGACCAAGAUACUUUAGACUGUGACAAUCCUGAAGAAGAGCACUUUGCUCUUGAAAUACUGCCAGAUGUCCUAGAGAAACACUAUGGAUAUAAACUCUUCAUCCCAGAAAGAGACCUGAUUCCAAGUGGAACAUACAUUGAAGAUCUCACAAGAUCUGUUGAGCAAAGCAGAAGACUUAUUAUUGUGCUAACUCCAGACUAUAUUCUCAGACGAGGAUGGAGUAUUUUUGAAUUGGAAAGCAGACUCCAUAAUAUACUAGUCAGUGGAGAAAUCAAAGUGAUUUUGAUUGAGUGUACAGAAUUAAGAGGAAAGGUGAAUCACCAGGAAGUGGAAUCACUAAAGCGUAGCAUCAAACUUCUUUCCCUAAUCCAGUGGAAGGGACCCAAAAGCAGCAAAUUAAAUUCUAAGUUUUGGAAGCAAUUAGUAUAUGAAAUGCCGACCAAGAAAAAAGAAAUGCUUUCUCAGUGCCAUGUUCUGGACUCUGCAGAACAAGGACUUUUCGGAGAACUCCAGCCUAUUCCCUCUAUUGCCAUGACCAGUACCUCAGCUUCUCUGGUGUCAUCUCAAGCUGAUCUCCGCGAUUUCCACCCUUCAGAUUCAAUGCAAAUGAGACACUGUUGUAGAGGUUAUAAACAUGACAUGCCAACCACCACCUUGCCAGUACCUUCCUUAGGCAACUACCACACUUAUUGCAACCUGCCUCUGACGCUCCUCAAUGGACAGCUACCCCUUAAUAAUGCCCUGAAAGAUAAGAAGGAAUUUCAUAGGAACAAUUCUUUGUUACAUUUAUCAUCCAAAGAGAUUAACUUCACCAGUGAUAUUUGGUAG